AUGCCAGAGGUCACACAGCCAUUCGAUCGGCUCUCUGCUGAUCUGGUAGACAUGCUGGGUUCUGCUAAUGGUAUGGUUGAGCGCAGCAAUCGUGUCAUAAGAGAUUCGUUAGCAACACUUAUGGAUCAGCACCCUAACUGCUGGAACGAUCUGCCAUACGUAAGACUGGCGCUGAACACAGCGCUGCAUCGUAGCAUCAACCAAAAGCCCCUUUAUCUACUUACAGGCAGAGACUGUUACUUCCCAGGAAACCUUACGAAUUAUGAAGAUGCGGGCGAGGAUGCCGCGAGGACGCUGCGAGAGAGGCUGAAUGACGCCCGAGAGACUGCAGACCAGGUGUCAAGAGACUCCAGAGAUAGGCAGGCGCGAGAUCAUGACAGGCGUGUGAGACGGCAUGCAGGAUUUGACGUGGAUGACCACGUCCUGGUGAGAGAAGAUCGUCUGAGAACGCGAGGUCCGAGCGCAGCUUUGAGGCCUCGGUGGAACGGUCCCGCGAGCGUGCUGAAGGUCAUCCGUCCCGUGAACUAUGUGGUACAGAAUCCGUACAUCCUGCGGGCGAAGUGA